AUGUCGCAAAUCAACCCCGACGAUUUUAGGAACACGCUCAUGGCCGCUGUUCAACAGCACAAUAGCCGCUAUGCAUCUUCCCACAACCUCGCUAUCAGAUGGGCAGAUGACGAUACCAAUGCUGCGAGAGAUGUAGCCAACUUCCAGACGCUCCUCGAGAGACUUUCACUUCCACGUGCUCAGGAGCUUGUCAUUGGAAAACAUGACAAGACUCCUGUAUGGACAAUCCAGGGGGCGUUUCGCAACAAGCUAAGCGCCGCAAAAAGCUCCCCUGGAAGAAGCCUCGUGACUGUGCACUAUUCGGGGCACGGCUUACUUGUAGAUGGUGCCUUGUCCUUUGCAGAUACAGUCGCAGGUGAAAGAACGUUCUCCGCCAAUGUCACUCUCUUUUACCUUGUUGCUAGCAGCAACUACGGAGGCUAUCUGGCAGAGACUGACAAAGUUGAUGUUCUGUUCAUCUUGGAUUGUUGCUAUUCCCACAUGGCCCUACGAGGGGUAGAGGUAUCCCCUCGAGUAGUCGAAAUGAUAGCGACCGUGGACAUAAAUGAUCCGCUUGCGUUCGCGCCUCCGCAGAAUACCUUCACCAGUAAGAUUAUUUCGGAGGUCGUCAGGCGCCAGCGAGAGGGCCACCGCUACAUCGAAAUGGCCGAUCUCAUCCAGACUCUGCGUGCCUGCCCAAACGCCAUCAAAAAACCCACGCACGGGAUCACGAUUGGUAACCACUCUAUCUGUCUCCCUCUUACGGGCCUCGCAAAUGUGGACCCGACAACCAUCGCUCCAACGCUCCGGGCAGUCUUUAGCGUCCAUCUAGCGAGAAACAUGAAUAAAGAGGAAGUGGAGAGGCUCGCCAACUGGGUGAAGACUCUGCCAUCAGGCAUGGACAUCACGCUAGACGGCGUAUACACGGCAGAGUCGAUGAUUUACAUCUUGUCAUCUGCCUAUUCCGUCUAUCUCAAAAUCGCCGGGAUACCAGGGUACAAGCUUGUGGCUGAGGUGACUAGCCAUAACCUGGUACGUACCCUCUCCCAACCACCGGCGACUGGGGGAGCCGGAAGUAGCCCACAGAAGGGGAGAGACAAAAAAGAGAACAUCAAGCUUAUGCCUCCGAAGACCUCUUAG